AUGAUCCUGGUGGUGGUGACGAUCCUGGUGGUGGUGAUCCAUGGCGACCAACACUCCUACUCGCAAAACGCACCUCCAACGCGUCCUUCCCCUUCGUUUGCUCCUAGUGGUGGUGACGAUCCUGGUGGUGACGAUUCUUCCCCUUCGUUUGCUCCUCCAACGCGUCCUUCCUACCAAAAGAUCUCCAAACCCAUCAUUAAAAAACCCACCUUUGAUCAUCCUCACCCUCAGCCACCGCCACCGUCACAGACCCAGCCACCGCCACCGCCACCGUCAAGCCCCAGCCACCGCCAUCGCCACAGCCCCAGCCCCCACCCCAGCCACAAGCCCAACCUCAUAACCCAAACCCACAACAGUCGCAUGCCCAGCAGAACCUGCGCACGACCAAAUCUCAACGCCUCCUCCCAUUCAACAGCCCAAGCCUCCCAGGUCGCGCCUCUAGUGGAUUCGCCCUCCUUCCUCGACGCCCGUCUCGCUCUCGCUCUCGGUCUCGCUCUCACUCUCGGUCUCGCUCUCGCUCACCGCUCUCGCUCUCGCUCUCACUCACCGCUCUCGCUCCUCUCGCUCUCGCUCGCUCUCGCUCGCUCUCGCUCUCGCUCUCACUCAACCGCAGCGGCGACGACGAGUGGCUCACCGCUCUCGCUCAACCCGCGUCCUCAAAGGAGAUUGGGUUGCCGCGGCCUCAAGGGACUUGUGAUGAUUGGAGGAGGAGGACAAUUGCAGUGGAGAGGAAAUGGGAUGGGUAGGAAUGAAACGUUUAGGGUUUAG